UGUGGUCAGGGGUGGACAUGGUGCCGCGUCCUCCAAUGGAGUGGAGACCAAGGCGGGCGGGCCCAGUGGCAGAAGGAGCAUGGCGUGGAGGCAGCUCAGAAAGCGGGCCCUGGAUGCUGUCAUCGUCUUGGGGGGUGGGGGAUUUCUCUUCACUUCCUACUUGACUGUCACGGGGGACGAGCAUUUCUAUGCUGAAUACCUGAUGCCGGCUCUGCAGGGGCUGCUGGACCCCGAGUCAGCCCACAGGCUGGCUGUUCGCUUCACUUCUCUGGGUCUCCUUCCUCGAGUUACCUUCCAAGACUCUGACAUGCUGGAAGUGAGAGUACUGGGCCAUAAGUUCCGAAACCCAGUAGGGAUUGCUGCAGGCUUUGACAAGCAUGGGGAAGCUGUGGAUGGACUUUACAAGCUGGGCUUUGGUUUUGUUGAGGUAGGAAGUGUGACUCCUCAGCCUCAGGAAGGAAACCCCAGGCCCAGAGUCUUCCGCCUCCCUGAGGACCAAGCUAUCAUUAACAGGUAUGGAUUCAACAGCCAUGGACUCUUGGCGGUGGGAAAGAGGUUAUGGGCCAGGAAGCAGAAGCAGACUCAACUCACUGCAGAUGGGCUACCUCUGGGAAUAAACCUGGGCAAGAAUAAAACAUCAGUGGAUGCUGCUGCCGACUACACAGAGGGCGUCCGGGUCUUGGGUCCCUUGGCUGACUACCUGGUAGUGAAUGUGUCCAGUCCAAACACAGCUGGUCUGAGGAACCUGCAGGGAAAGGCCGAGCUGUGCCGCCUGCUGACCAAGGUGCUUCAGGAGAGGGAUGCCUUGAAGAGAGAGCAGAAGCCAGCGGUGCUGGUGAAGAUUGCCCCUGACCUCACAGCUCAGGACAAGGAGGACAUUGCCAGUGUGGCAAGAGAGUUGGGCAUUGAUGGAUUGAUUGUCACCAACACCACAGUGAGUCGCCCUGCUGGUCUGCAGGGUGCUCGGCGCUCUGAGAUAGGAGGGCUAAGUGGGAAACCCCUCCGUGACUUGUCAACUCAGACCAUCAGAGAGAUGUAUGCCCUCACCCAAGGCAGGAUUCCCAUCAUCGGGGUUGGAGGUAUCAACAGUGGACAGGACGCACUAGAAAAGAUCCAGGCAGGGGCCUCCCUGGUGCAACUGUACACGGCCCUCACCUUCCAGGGGCCACCCGUUGUGCGCAAGGUCAAACGUGAGCUGGAGGCGCUCCUGAAAGAGCAGGGUUUUAACAGAGUCACGGAUGCCAUUGGAGCAGAUCAUCGGAGGUGACAGUGCCUAGCAGAAGCCCAACCUGGAACCUUCUCACCAUCUCAGCAGAGCCUUGUGGCCAGAUCAUGAGAAUAAGGGUCUGUCUCAAACCAUGUCCUUUAAGCUAUGGCUUGGACAGACUGGACAAACCAGUCAUGGCGUCACGGGAAUCACUGGAUGGAAGCUUUCUUCAGUCACUUGGUCAGACCAAGAUUCUUUCUGGAUCCAAAUCCUGGUAUCUUUCAGUAUCAUAUGAACAUUGGAUAUUUGGGGCAAAGGUCAUAGAGAAAAUAAAGUCAUUUAAGACCUGGA